AAUUAUUAAAUUUUAACUCUUUCCAAUCAACAAAAUCUAGUAUUCUCAUUUCCAUUUCAAUUUCCAUUUCAAUUUCCAUUGUCACUAUCAUUCACACUAUCAUUAACACUAUCAUUAUUAUUAUUAUCGUUAUACUAAUAACAAUAACAAUAGAAUUUUAUCUUAUUUUGCUCGGCCUAAUAUCGUUUAUUCCUACUGAUAUUAUAUAAUAAAAUAAAAUAAAAUUCUACUAAGAUUUUAUUAAGAUUUUAUUAAGAUUUCACCAAGAUUUCAACGUUUGGCUUCAAUCAAGUAUAUUAUGAUACAUGCCAUUACUAAAAUAUAACCAAAUACUAUAAUUUACUACAAUUGCAACUCUCUGUUUCCACUCUGACCCAAAAUGAACAACCACCUCCAAUCUAUUCCUGAUUACAACAAUCAUCCAUCUCAAGCUAUUCCUUCCAACAGCAAUGCCUCUGUAAACUCAACUCCAAACAACUUGUCUAAUCAUUUAAACAUCAACACCUCCACCUCCACCUCCACCACCUCCACCAACACCACAAAUAAUAACAAUAAUAAUAAUAAUAAUAACGCCAACAACGCUAACAACAACUCCCACUUGAACGAAAUCUUCAACUACCCUUCCACUUCCUCCUUUGCUGAUGCUAUCAACGAGCUCAAAAAACUACUCACCAUAAAGUUCUCCAACACUACCAACACCCACAACUUGACAGCUUCUUCCACUCGACAUGAUCAGAUCCUAUUAUCCAGAAUGUUUCGUCUAAUUGAGGGCCUCCUUCUAAAAUACAACACUGAUGUCCAACACCCCAACAGCUCCAACAGCCUCGUUACCAACCACAACCAGGCCCACAUCUACUCUCAACCAACUCCUCCCUCUUCUCGUUUCCCCCAACCAAGCACCUCUUCUUCUCCCCCUUUAUCUUCUUUACCUUCAAACCACCAAUCCUCCUCGGUUUUGAUCUCUCAUUCCCAUAUAAACCAACAACAACCUCAACCACAGGCCCAGGCUCAAGCCCAACAGCCCCAAACACAAUAUCAGUCGCUGCAACCUCAACCACAACCUCAUUCCCAGCCUCUGCAAUCCCAAUCUCAAUCUUCCCAAUCUUCUCAAUCACAGUCUCAACCUUCCCAAUCCCUCAUUUUCAACCAAUUGCCCAGCGAUAUAACCUCAAACAACAACCUAUCCAUCUACUCAAAUAACAACCCUGAUGCAAACAACUUGGCCAGAACUUCCAACAGAUCCUCAAAUCUUAAAAAGAGAAAACUAUUCAGUGGCUACAAAUGUCUAGCCUGUGCUUCAAACUUCGAUGAUAAAGCUGAGUUGAACGACCAUUAUGAAGAAACUCAUAAAACAUCCGAUGGUAAAAAUUUCAAAUGCCAUUUUUGCCAAAAAAUUUAUAAAGAUAAAUAUUAUUUAGGUCAACAUAUCAGAGAUAAUCAUUCAAAAAUCAUGAAAGUCGAAUUCAAAUGCUCUGCUUGUCACUGUGUUUUUGAGAGCAAAUAUUUGUCAAAUCAACAUUACAAAGACACCCAUUUUGUCAACAAUAAAGGUUACAAAUGCUCCUAUUGCAAUAAAAUCUAUAAAGAUAAAUACUAUCUAAGUUUACAUUAUAGAGAUCUUCACACUGUAAAUGACCAACCAAAUAAUAAUAACGAUAAUAAUAAUAAUAUUAAUAAUAAUAGCAAUAAUAACAAUAAUAACAAUAAUAACAACAAUAUUAACAACAAUAACAACAAUAAUAACAAUAACAAUAACAAUAUGAAUAAUAACAAUAACGAAAAUAAUGAUAAUAUUAAUAACAUCAAUAAUAUUAACAGUAUCAAUAAUAAUACUUCUGAUAAUAACAACAAUAUAAGUCAACAUUCGGUUGUCAAUAAUACUAACUCUACUGCCACUAAUAUCAAUAACAAUUUUAAUAAUAAUAAUCUCAACACUACCCUUAGUAACAAUCUCAACAACAGUCUUAACAGUCUUAAUAACAGCCUUAAUAUUACACAUAACCACAACCACAACCACAAUCGUCUCAGUCAUAGCCAGGACUCUACUAUUGACAUAAAUUCUAAUAUGAACUCAAAUUUGACACAUAAUAUCAAUGCAAACUUGCUGAUGAACCCAGCUUUGCAAUACAAAUGCGAAGGUUGUUAUAGAUAUUUUCAAUGGGAAAAUCAAUUAAAUGAACAUUACACUACUUGUGCUGGUUUAAACAAUCAUAUGGAAAAUCUUAAUAGAAGUCAUAACCACAGCUAUAACUCAAAUGCCAAUUCAAAUCAUAACAAUCACAAUAUUAAUCAUUUAAAUUCUCAUCCACAUAAUAAUCAAAAUACUAACCCAAAUGUCUCUCAACAACAACAACAACAGCAAAUCCACAUAACAAACAAUAUUCAAAACCAGGGCAUCCCCAUUAACAGCCUUAGUGCAUCAAAUCAAUUGAGUGGAUUGCAACAAUCAGGAAAUUUAAAUAGUAUUCAAAACAAUCAAUUAAAUAUGAAUAAUUCAAUGAUAUGAUGUCACAAGAUUUGAUAUAUUACAAUAUUAUAGUAUUUUAACUGGAAUUUCG